UUGCCAAUCAUUUCCGAGGAAGACGUGUCUGAAUGUUUUUCAAAACCUCCACUUUUAUACAUUUUCAUUCAACGUAACGCAAUAUUAUAAUACCUAUCCAACUUCUGCGGCCAUGAAUAUGCUUUUAAAAUAAUACGUUGUUCAAGAACCCAUCCCACGUGACGUGACGUGACGUAAGUAAGCGCGGGCAUUUCGGAAGUGGCACGCGAAAGACUGACCGUCCUGACGGAUGACAACAAACCGACCUGAGCUUUUCAAAGGGGUAAGACAGUUUGGGAGAAUAGCAGGUGAGAUGGAGAGCUACCUCCGCUGUAGUCUGACUGCAGCCCCUCUGUCAGUGUCUGCGCAGACUGUCAUGGCAGCCCUUCGGGCCCAGUAUGCAACCAGAGCUACUUUGUGUGGUAGAGUGUUCCUGUCUCAGCAACAGGAAAGUGAUGAAAGAAAUCAGAAGUUGUGUACAAGGGAAAACAAUCAUUCAUCAGCCCUCUCCAGCUCUCAAACGGACGGAUUAGAGAUUUCUCAGCUCGACUUUGUAUACGAAAGAGAGAACAAGAGUCUUUGCCUCCCUUCUCAGGAACCGAAGUGGAGCGAAGACUUCGAUUUAAGUGUAUUGAGACAAGAAGAAUCUAAGCAUUUCAAGCUGAGGGAUGUAAUUUGUAAUGAGAAAUUUGCACUCUACAAUGCUGGUGAUGAUUGCAUAAUGCACACUGACCAGUGUAAUAAGCCAGUAGCACAGGGAGAUGUUUUACCUCUACAUGGCUUUACAAGCAAGGGUAGCCCCCAGGCUAAACCAGGUAUUUUGACAGAACCAGAGAGACAUAGACUGAAGAAGAGGUGGAUUCAAUCACCAAGCUCAAUGGUUGGUUAUCAACAUGAGUCUCCCCCAGUGAAAAAGUGGAGCUUUGGACAGCUUGCACUGUCCAUAAACAGCUGUCAUGAGGCAUCAGGGGAAGAAGACAGAUGUUGGAUGGACAAUAAGGACAAGCAGAGGAGGAAUGGACAGAUAUUCUCAGUUUGGAGCUCUAGAUCAAAUUCAGAAGAUGAUUUGAUGAGUCAUGGGUUGACAGAGAGAGAUAACAAUGAAUCUUCUUGUGAAGGUAUCUCAAAAGAGGCCAAAAGUGACCAUAACCAGAUAGGUAAUGUAGCUGAAGUGUAUCCCAUUAGUCUUAGAUCUAAUGUAGGGGAACCAAAAUCCAAGUUAGAAUGUCUGGAAACCAGCUUUUCCUGCCAAGAUAGCAGAAAUGUGGAAAGCUGUCCACAUGCCCAAAGAUGUGGCAGCAUCACAGUCUCAAACACAGACUCGUUAGCCAUCAUUGUCCUUGAGCAUGACCUGGACACAUCUGGUUGGACAGGUAAAUCACUGAGCUCCGAGAUGGUGAAAGAACACAGUGGAUCAGAGAGGAGAGAGUUUAUCGAGAGCAGAACUAGUUUUCCCCAGGCGGAAGAGGGUGUGGUUCAGAUGCCUGUUGGAGAAAGAAGUGGUGAGCUGGAGCCCACAGUGCCUCUCAUCACUGAAGGUCUGCAGCAUAGCAUCCAGUCCCUCUCAAAGGCUUGUAAGGUGAUCUCAAGGAAGGGAAUGUUAACCUGUUCAAAGCGUUUCAGGAAAUGGGAACACCCCAGACCUUCACAGGAAGCUCGAAAGAUCACUUCAUCCCAGGAGAGGUACAAAAAGACACUCAGAACCCUGAGGUUCCCCAUCACCUCCACUAACCGUAAAACACAGCUCUCCCACCAGCCAACAAAAACUCCACAGUCAGGAUUCAACAGGCAUAGACAUCACCCCAGACCCCAAAGAGAAUCAAAGAAUCAAGAGUGCAAUGAGCCAAACCACUCGAAAUCCCCUAAGAAUACUGAACCAAGUCAAUCAGGAUCCAGUACAUGCAAUCAAAUGGCUUCAGAAAUGGACAGAAAGGGAGAGAUGACUGCAGCAACUUCCAUAGCUUCCUUUAGUUUGACCACUGAUUCCAGGGUGUGCGACACUGGCUGUCUCUCACAGGAGGAGAAAGAGUGCAUGUUAGAGGAGGCUGGAAGAGCAAAAGCAUUAAUUGUAACCAUGGUAUACCAGGAUGGCACCAUACAGCUGGACCCAGAACAGAGGUCAUGCCCUGCAGUGAGUGGACUGCUGGUUUUGCUUAAGAGGGAUUUGUACUCAGAUGGGCUGGAGGAUAGACCACCAGAGAGAGUGCUUUAUCUUAGACUAGAGCAGACACCAGCCUGGGCCCAACAAGACCAUAGACACAUGAAGGAUGUGUUUACCAGAGAGAUGCUGUUGCAGAUUUUGAGCAGCAUGAAGCCAUUCGUGUGCUUUAAAGCUAAAGACCUGCUCCGCACAGUACUGAGACACUUCAGCAGAGACCUUAGCUGGCAACAAGUGUUGGGAUGUCGGGUGAUGGAUCCUCAGAUUGCUGCUUGGUUAUUAGAUCCUGCCGACUCUGCAUCCUGCUUUCAGUCCCUGCUUUCCAAACAUUGCACACGUCCAGUUGCAGGCACAUCACCACAACCUGUGCUCGGGCACGCCAAGGCGACGCAAGUGAUCUCGAAUUUAUCUCUCCUAUAUGGACUAAUGGUGGAACUGCAGAACAAGCUUCAGACUCAGGGACUGUGGCAACUCUAUUCUGGCAUAGAACAGAAGAUGAUUCCAGUUCUGGCAGGAAUGGAGAGCUAUAAAAUGCACGUGGACAAGGAGGCAUUGAAAAGGACUUCAGAGAUGCUGGGGUCUAAGCUAAAACAGUUGGAGCAGGAAGCUCACCGGGCUGCAGGUCAACAGUUCUUGGUGUCCAGCAGUGCUCAGCUCAGACUGAUCCUGUUUGAGAAGCUGCGUUUGCAUGAACUUUGUGAAAAUAAGAAGCUUCCCAAAACAAUCAAACAGCAGCAGUCAACAUCAGAAACAGCACUGGUGCAACUACAGAACCUGCAUCCACUGCCUAAGAUUAUACUGGAAUACAGACAGAUCCACAAAAUCAAGACCGCAUUCGUGGAUGGCAUUUUGUCAUGUACAAACAAGACAUUCAUUUCUUCCACAUGGAAUCAGACGAGUACCGUGAGUGGCAGACUGUCUGCUAAACAUCCUAAUUUUCAAGCUCUUCCGAAGCAGCCACUGCAGAUCUCUAAGAAGCAGUACGUUCACGGAAAAAACGCUGAAAUAGUGACUGUGCACCCACGUGCCAUGUUCAUUCCACGAGAGGGUUGGACUUUUCUAUCUGCAGAUUUCUGUCAGGUGGAGUUGCGUCUCUUGGCUCACUUAUCAUCUGACCUGCAGCUGCUGAGAAUCUUUCAAAACCCUGAAGCAGAUGCCUUCACCAUGCUCGCGGCCCAGUGGAAGAGUGUGAGUGAGGACAGAGUUAGUCUGGAGGACAGAGAGCAUGCCAAGCGUAUUGUCUACUCUGUGGUUUAUGGAGCUGGAAGAGAGCGGUUGUCUGGUAUUCUGGGUGUAAGUACAGAGGAGGCCAGUCAUUUUCAGGACUCUUUCCUACAGACCUAUAGAGAAGUGCAGACCUUCAUCCAACACACCAUCCAGCACUGCCACAAACACGGUUUUGUGAAGUCCAUAAUGGGAAGGCGCCGUUCCCUACCUCAUAUUCACUCUGCUGACUGGAGCCUUCGAAACCAGGCAGAGAGACAGGCCGUCAACUUUGUACUGCAGGGCUCAGCCGCAGAUCUGACCAAAAUGGCCAUGAUCAAAAUCUGCUCCCAAGUGUCUUCUUCCUCUUCUCUCACUGCCAGGCUGGUGGCUCAGAUCCAUGAUGAGCUGCUGUUUGAAGUGGAGGUCUCACAAGUGGACGAGUUUGCUGUAUUGGUGAAGAAGACCAUGGAAUCUGUUGGGCACAUUGAAAGUUUGGGAGUGAAUCUUUCAGUGCCCCUUAAUGUUUCACUAUCCACAGGACUGUCAUGGGGCUCCAUGCGUGAGAUGAGCCUCCCCCGCACCACUGUAGCUUCUCACUGAGUCUCUGGCUCUCGCUCUUUCUAUCUAUCCCAUCACUAUGGUUACCAUGCAGCUGCAGUUUCCUCAUUGAUGUAUCCGAGGGCAACAGGAGCAGGCUGGAUCACACCAGUUUCCUUUUUGGGGGGCUUUUUGUCUUAUAUUGCCCUGAUAUAUUUAUACCACUGUUGAAUUCUAGUUUUCGUCUCUGUAUUUUGAGUCUAGUAUUAUUUUGAAUGACUAGAUCAGCCUCUAUACGUAGCCAUUAAAUGUUUUAUUUCAAUUCUUCAUUGAUUUUAUAUUUCCAUACACUUUUCAUUCUAUCUUUCCACUUUUGUUGCCAUUUAUUAAAUGAAUGCAUAAAUAUGAUUCAGUGUAGGCCUCAGAUGCUUGUUAUAGGGUUGAGCAUAAUUUCAGAUGUAUUCUUGGCUUGGUGAGCUGGUGGUGCUACUAUCUGUCUCUCAGCUACUGUGAUGGAACAUCUGUCUCCUGAUGAAUGUUAAUAAACUCAGUCCUCAUUUAGUAAGAGUCUCACUCGCUCCAUUUUAAACCUUCUAAUCUUAUCUCUUCCGAUUCCUCACCACCUCGCUGCUUUUGUGGCAGCAGCUCACCGCCCUGUUUGUUUGUUUGUUUGUUUG